GUCAAUUUUCCAUAAAAUAUGCCAACACAUACAUCCUAUAAAAACCCUCCUUACACUAUAGCAAAGAGAUUAAGAUUCCUAAAUUCAAUUGCUAUAAUUUAACUCCAUCUACUUCUAUGUCCUCCAUUUCCACAUUCAAAUCUUCCCUCCUCAACACCGCCUUCAGACACAUUUGAGCUCGAAUUACUGGAUCGAAACUGCUGGAAUAGGAACUGAUAUACAAGGAUAAAUGAUGGUGAGAUCACCGUGCUGCGAUGAAAGUGGUCUAAAGAAGGGUCCAUGGACACCAGAGGAAGAUAAGAAGCUAGUGGAUUACAUUGACAGACACGGCCAUGGAAGUUGGCGAGCUCUCCCUAAACUGGCAGGCUUGAACCGCUGUGGUAAGAGCUGCAGGCUUCGCUGGACUAAUUACCUUCGCCCUGAUAUCAAACGCGGAAAAUUCACUGAUGAGGAGGAGCAAACAAUCAUCAACCUUCACUCUGUGCUUGGCAACAAAUGGUCAGCAAUAGCAAGCCACCUUCCUGGGAGGACAGACAACGAAAUAAAAAACUUCUGGAACACCCACCUGAAAAAGAAGCUUCUGCAGAUGGGUAUCGAUCCUGUGACUCACAGGCCGAGGACAGACCUGAAUCUGCUAGCUAACCUCCCUCAGUUGCUCAUGGCUGCCAACCUCAGCAACAGUCUCAUGAUGAACAACAGUACAGGCAAUGGAGUUCCUAAUUUGGAAGAUACUCUUAGGUUGAUAGACUCUGAUGCCACCCAACUCGCCAAAUUCCACAUACUAAACAAUAUGCUGCAGGUGUUAAGCCCAAGCAGCAGCAAUCCACCUGCUGUAUCUUCUCAGAUUACAAGUCUUCUUUGUAAUUCAACCAUGCCCUUCCAAAACCAAUUGAACGAUAACCUACUUAGAAUGGCUAAUUCCCAGAUGGUAAACGGACUUACUGGUGCUAUCAGCAGUCAGUUCCCACCUUCAAAUCCUUUAGCUUCCAGCAGCCUUGAAAGUCCAGCAACUCCUCAAUUUCAACCAAAUUUCAAGCAUGGCCGCCACAGGAGUUAUACUAGUAAUGAAUAUCAUGACAGUAAACAAACUGGUGUUGAAAUUCUUACACCCGACAGUUUAAUGCCUGGUCUAGUGCCGGCCUCACCAGACCACUGCAGCAAGCUAAUUAGCCAAAAGGGUGAUGCAAUAAUGGCAUCAAACCCUUCCUCAGCCACAACUACUGCAACUCCCUUUGAAGCAGCUGCUGCAGAUUGGACCAAUGACCUUAUUGAUGAUGCUGCACACUCUUACUGGAGAGACAUUAUUGACCAAGCAUCCUCCCCUUCCUGGCCUAUCUCAUCAUAGAGAAUGUAAAUUUUGGUCAAAUAUAUCCAGAGAUGAAUAAUUUUUACAAAAGAAGAUUUUUAAAUUAGUGUAAUCUGAGUUUUACAUCCGGACAAAUAUAGUUGCUAUCAUACAGAUGGAAGAAGACUCUUGUAUAAAAGCUAUGCCACUUCAUUCCGGCCUCUGUGUUGUACUAUCUAUCUGGUUGCAGAUUUCAAUAUUGUUGAGAUUAGCAUUUUUCUGUUA